CUGACACUGCUCAUAUACUGUCUGUGUGUCGUUGGUCACAGCCUUGGUCUUGUGUUUGGACUCCUGGCACUUCUCCGGCAGUGGCUAGUUACACUCACACUGGCACUGGGGCUAGCCAUCACUGACUGACUGGCACUUUUCUGCCAUGUUUGUAGGCCAGUGAAAGUGAAAGUUGUACCUAAAUUCCCGGUACUGGACUUUUUCUGUCCUGUGGCAAUUGAAUGCAGGAAAGAUGUCUGAAUACGAGAGUAUACUGGAGCAAAUUCGCCCGUUUGGGCCCUUCCAAGUCAGGAUUUUUGUCCUCGUUUCUCUCUUUGAAACACCGUUAGCUUGGGCUAUGCUGGUACCCAUUUUCACCGCUUCGAAUCCAGGGUCCUAUUGCUCAUAUAUGGAUCCUGACAAAAAUCAAAGCCUGGGAGCGUUCUCGUCAUACAACUCAUCCAGCAGCGUGGACACAUGCUCGAAAAAUGAAAGUGUGUGUGGAGAAGUUGUGUUCAAAUCCACGUUCACAUCGGUUGUGAGUGAGUGGUCAUUGAUCUGCAACCAAAACUAUGUUGGUGACCUGAUCUCAUCACUUCAGAUGGCAGGAGUACUCGUAGGGGCAGUUUUGACCGGACAGUUGGCUGACUUUUUUGGCAGGAAGAAAGUACUAUUUGGAGAAUAUUCCCUGCUUAUAGUCUUCUGGUUUUCAACGGCGUUUGCUGGCAGCUGGCAAGUGUAUGCUGCCCUCAGAUUUUUUGUUGGUGGCCUUGUUGGAGGCUGUCUGGUGGUAAACUUUGUGCUGCCUCUAGAGUUUGUUACACCGAAAUGGAGAACGUUCUGUGGCUGUGUUGGCUUUUGGGCUGUGGGGCUAAUGACACUUGCUUUGUGGGCCUACUUCAUCCGUGACUGGCGCACCCUCAACAUUGCCAUGUCUGCGACUAGCGUUAUCCUGCUCCCGUUGUGGUGGUUUAUUAGUGAGAGUCCUCGCUGGCUUUUGAGUCGUGGACAUAUUGUGGAGGCAAGCAAAAUCAUCAAGGAAGCAGCUGUGUUCAAUAAACGACCUGUCCCAGAUUUGAGUUCUCUGGAGAGUUAUGUCAAGAGGGAAAAGAUUAAGAAAGCUACGCGUCGGCAAUACUCGUACUGGCACUUGUGUACUUCACUGUCUCUGGGGAAAGGAACUGCUGUUUGUAUGUUUGGGUGGUUUGUAGCCAGUUCUGUGUAUUAUGGAUUGAACUUCAACACACGGAAUCUGGCUGGUGAUCGUUAUCUGAAUGUAUUCAUCUCGGGCAUCGUGGAAAUCCCUGCCCUGCUUUUUGUACUUUACACCAACAAUAAAUUGGGCCGCCGGAGGACCACAUUUCUACUCAUGCUGACCGCUAGUUUGACCUGCCUGUCUGUUCUUGUCAUAGAUCUGACUGGCAACUUUGAUAAACUCUCUGCACUGACCAUCACCAUGGCCAUGAUCAGCAAAUCUUUUAUAGCUGGAGGAUGGGCAGCAGUGCAGGUCUUCUCCGCAGAGACAUUCCCAACUGUUGUAAGAAAUAUUGGUGUCGGAGCGUGCUCUAUGUCAGCCAGAAUAGGAGGAAUUGUUGCUUCUCAAUUUGUUUUCUUGGGAGAGAGUUCGAAGGCCAUUCCCUUCACCAUAUUUGGCGUGCUGACUCUUCUGUGCAGUUUGUCCAUGCUUUUGCUUGAGGAGACGGUUGGAGUUCCAUUACAAGACAGAAUACAUGUGGAGGAAGUCAUUGUGACUGCAUCUCCUCAGUCUGAGGCCCUUGUCACUUCCAACGGUUGCAUUUCUAAAGAAAAGGAAGAGAACUGUACCUCUGUGCAAGAGACUGAGAAAGCAUUAGUGAUGCAAAAUGGGCAUCAUGGUGUUGCGGUUGACAUGAGCGUAUAGAUGUAGAAUGUGUGUUCAUCAAUGGUGGAAGUUUCUAGUAUCGGGAGUACAUUUUUAUUUUUGCACUCCUUAGAGAGAGGACAAGAUUUUUUACAUUCCUGCUAAAGUGUGUGAGUGUAGCUUACAGUUAUGGACGUACAAAUUGUGCAUUUUAAGAUACUGUUUUUUAUUUGAACGAUGCACUUAUCAGGGAAAGUGUUGUUUGACAAAAUGACAGAGGAGCAAGAAAAAUAUUCCACCUCAGACAGGAUGACUGAUUUGAAUGAGCUGGGGGAGGAAUAGAAUACCCAGGAAGGACUGAAUGGAGACAUAGAGCUGUUGUUUCAGGUUAUGCUGCCCGGUCGGACAGUCUUGGCUCAAUUUCCAUGACAACAUUUUCUAUUCUUUGAAAUAGAUUUUCAGUAACUGUAUGAGAUUUCUUUAACUUCUGUCCUCUAGUCACUGCCUAGAUUUAUGUGCUCUCAUUAUUUAUUGAAUAAAGUCUGGCAUGCACAUAGCGAAAUUGGCGGAAUGCUGAAAUCUUUUCAUCAUGUGCAAAUUUCUCUAUGUACGUGUGGUAGACUAAGUUUGUUUUUCUUGAACCUCAGAGUGUUUAUACUGGUGUCUCUGAUGUGAUGGUUUGACUCUUCACAAUUGCUCACAUAGGACAUGAGUUCGAUUGCUAAGUAGGGAAACUUGUUUUAUUGAUUAUCUCCUUCUUUCUGUUGGAAUGCUGUAUCCCAGUCAGCUUUCAGGCAGGUUUCAGGCAGCCUGUCUACAUGACCUAAACCAUGUUGAUGUAGAUGUAAAACAUUUACAAUCAGUGUGUUGGUUACUUUUAUAGUUGAUGUGUUGAGUCAGCCUAACUUUGUUGAACUUUUCUCUCAAAAGAUCUGGGUGUGUGUAAGUUUGUUCUUGUGCUUUGUAAAGUUUGCUUCAGAAGGCUGUUCAAAGAAAAGACCUACUCUCUGAUUGUAUCUGUCAUUCUUGUAGUCCCAAGUGAAUUUUUAUUUUUGAAAGCGUUGGCCAACUAUCUCAGUUUGAAAGUACAGCUACUGUUAUGCGGAAUCACUAUUAUUUAUUGAGGAUAUUAUUAUCAAAAGUGCCGCCUCUUUCUCGUCUUCAUCAGCUGUGUUCCUUCAAAUGUCUUUUUGACUCUUUAUUUUUAAAAAAUAAUUUAUUUUUUAAUAACAAGAUUUUCAGUAGCAAUCUGUACUGUUCCCUGAAUCAAGAUUUGUUUUUUUAGCAACAGGGGUCAUUCCUGAUUGUGUAUUAUUUUACUUUUUUGAAAAAUACAUGACAAAGCUACUGUCCGUGCAUAUAGAUCUUCUCUUGGCUUGUUUUUACCUAACAUCUUUUAGUGAUUGCUUUCAGCACUUUAUGUUUUUUUAAAUGAUUAUGUUCGAAAUAAAUAUGGCAAAAAACUAAAAGUAUAAAUUUUGAAGACACUGCUGUCUCACCUUAUAUUAAUAAUAACUUUAUUGGUUUUUCAGCUUUUUAUGUGUUUAAAUUAUAAUUUAUUGUUAUCACACACGACUUAGUAUUCAAUAUUACAUGGCUGUCUACAAUUUUAUUUUGUCAUCAAGUUUUAUAGAAGGUCAAGAUUACUUUGAUAUUUUAACAGUAUAAACUACCCUCUUUAAUACUUCUCUUGAAAGGUAAAGGUCCCAUCUGCAAUUUGAGUCCCCUUCAUUCUCUCAUAUAGAUGAAAGACUCAUUUUUUCAUAUAUUUUUGAGUAACAUCAGCUACUGAAAGGGAAAGUUUUCCUGUCCAGUCAUGGCAUGAUGUUAACAAUAUUUCAGCAAACUUUUCAAAAGCUGUAAUUUUUAACUGAAUAAGUAAAAAAACUGCCUGGCUUUGUGUGACAAAUUGCGUAUUUUGGCAGGGUAUAAAUAGGUAGGUAUUGUUCAUCGGGCUGCAGGAUGUAUUAUUGUAUUGGUUGCAGGAUGAGGGACGACUGCCAGGAGCUUGAUAGAUUUCAAACACGAUGACAUUCAUACCAUUGUAUUAUUAUGUUUUUGAAGGAAUAGAAUCUCUAUACACUGCCCAUGAUUUUGCAUUUCAUGCCAAGAAUAGAAUUUGUUAAUGAUCAGCAAAUACCCUGAAAAAUUCCUUGACGGUAGACUCUUUUCCCUCUUAUCUCUUGUGGAUUUUCACAAAAUUAGCCGUGCUGAAGUGGAUGCUAGAGUGUUAUUCCUACGAUGUAGUAAAGUUUCGUUAAAAGAACAUUUUGGGACUGUUACUGCCAUCUGCCUUUUCAUUUUUUAGUCAACUGUUCAUGUCU